AUGCAUUACGAAUACGAGUACUACAAUUUUCGGGGUUCCGGCAAGCCACCGUACAUGCGUUAUGGGCCUUUUGAUGUAUUAACGUUCCUUAUGAGUUGCAUCACUGGGAUAGCAAUUUUAUUUAGUGUUACAUGCGCAAUUGGCUACGUUGCUGACGUCGCUGAGGAGUUCCCAACACGUGCAAAGAAAAUUCUUCACACCAUGACGAUUGGUGUUUUGUUUGUGCAUGGUCUUAUACUUGUUUUAGAUCAGCUUAGUCUUUGGUGUUCUCUUGUGAGCAUUAUAACAAAUGUUUUAUACCUGCGUAUUUUGUCUGGUUUUCCACGCGUCUCGUUGACGCACCCAUUGACGAUUUUGACGAUUGUCUCGUUGGUAGUGGAGUUGUUGUCGUGGUAUUUGUUUUUUCUCUUUUCGCCCAUUAUGCCUGAGCACUUAGGAUCCUACAGGUUUUUUUCUUUCACUGCGUUUUUGUGGCUCAUACCACUGGGGCUACUCGUCUCAUUGCAAAUUGAGCCGGUGGGUCUUCCUGGCAUUGGGUUUAGCGCGUCGCCGCAGCGUCACACCGACAUUGCCGCAGAGGGGCGAAAGAAAACCGUAUUUAAUUUACUGAGGGGGUGGUUGACGCCGGUGAUGGAUUAG